GAUGCCAUCGUCGUCAUCGUUGUCAUCUUUGCCUUCGUUUUGGUGGCCAAACAAAAGUAGAUUAUGAGAGAUUUUCAAAAAACAGUCGUAGUCGUGAUGUUGCCGCUCAAGGUGUUUCGUUAAAAAGAUUGCUAUUGUUGUUGUGGAUGGAAAAAAAAUAUAUAUUCUAUAAUUAAAACGAAAUCAAAAGAGAAAUAAACGUUCAUUAUGUACUGUACUAAGCGUCAGACGCUCAGUUAUACACUGUGUCUCAUCAAUCUAUUAUGUGCGCUAUGGGGAUCUCUUCUGAUCUGGUAUGGCUGCUGGCUAUUGGAUAAUUUGACCAAUUCGCAAAACAUUGAAAUCGAACAUGGUGAGAAUUUGGCAGCCAUUUUAACCAUCCUCCUGGGCAUUGUCAUCGUAGUGGGCAGUAUUUAUGGCUCUGUGGGUGUAUGCCAAGAGUCCAGAACUGUUUUAAUAAGUUAUGCGGUUCUGUUAUUGGUACUUUUAAUCAUACAAGUGAUAAUGUUUAGCAUUAGUUUUGCUGCCAGCCGCGAUGCUUUGCCUGAGACUCUGAGGCAGGGCUUCGAUGAACUAUGGGAUGUUCAACAUGUGGGCAACAGUACACUAAAUAUAUACGAGGAGUGGCUCCAUUGCUGUGGUCGCAACAAAGCCGAGGAUUAUGUACUGGUGGGUAAGGAACUGCCGUCCAGUUGUUGUCUGGAUAAAGAUUGCACCAAAGUCCUAAAUCUGUUUAUGUCGGGCUGUGAAGUUAAAUUUAAAGCAUAUGUUAGCGAUAAAACAGCAAAUUUCAAUAUACUCAGCUGGCUGCUGAUCAUUACAGAGUUUGGUGGAUCCGUAAUCAGCUGCUAUCUGGCCGAUAGCAUACGAAAUCAUCGUGAUCGUGUACGAUUCUAUAAUUAGUUUUAUUUCUUCUUUGUAAACAUAACGCUAAUUGUAAGUUGUAGUAGGUUUUUUUUUGCUGACAUUGUGAUUAUCUAUAUUUAUAUAUAUUUAUUUAUUUAUUGUACCUAUAAUAAAAAACUUCACUGAAAAA